AUGCCAUCUUUUCUUGCAAUUCUCAUUUCCUUAUUAGCAAUCUUGGUAAAAAUUGAUUCUACUACUGCGAUCGCUAAACCAUUUGACGGAACUCAUCGACCAAGAUGGCUAACUGAUUCCCAUCGUAAUCGAAUUGAAUUAUUUAAAAAAUGGCUUGGAAAUAAACCUACCGGUAGUGCAUCCAAUGAAGGUUCUUCAUCACCUUAUGAUCUUUUACAUCCUGUUCAUCAAUUUAAAGGAUGCAUUGAUCCAUCGGAACCGUUUCAAUGUCCGCAAAGUGAACGAUGCAUUGCACUUCAAUUUAUUUGCGAUGGCCAUUCAGGUGACUGUCCAGGAAAUGUUGAUGAAAAUGAAGAAACAUGCAUCGCAGCUAAGCGACCAGCUAAAGAAAAUAUUGAAAAAUUUCUUCAAGCUGAAUAUGAAUUACAUGAUUUGAAACUAUUUACAUUUUUAUUUGGAAAUAAAAUUUCGAAAAGUAUCGAAGAAAAUAGUCCAUUCUGGUUUGAUACAUUGGCGUCAGCCUUUUCAGUUGCAAAAACAAUUCGUAAUUUUGCUGAAAAGACACAUAUGUCUCCAGAGGAACUUACACAUUUUCAAAAUGUUAUUCAAAUGAUACAUGAUGGUCGUUUAGAGGAAAUUCCUAUUUUUGCACAAGAAGCAGUUAAUCAAGGUCUUGCAUCGCUAGUCGAAAAGCUAUACGAAUCUGGCUUUAUGGACCAAUAA